AUGCCCUCCAAACAGGUCCUCAUCAUCCUCAGCGAUGCCGACUCCUUCACCAUGAAAAAGACCAGCGGCUCCAACAAGGGCGAGACCGUCGAACAGCCCACCGGCUUCUUCCUCCAAGAACUCGCCAAGCCUCUCCAGAAGCUCCUCGACGCCGGCCACGAAGUCACCUUCGCCUCUCCCAAAGGCAAGGAGCCCGUUCCGGAUCCCAACAGUGAGACCCUGCUCGCCUACGCAGGCAACUUUUACGAACGCCGUCGCGAGCAGGACCUCAUCGAGCGCAUGAAGAAGGAGAACGGCUUCUCUCGGCCUCGCACCUUUGCAUCCAUCAGCGACGAGGAGCUUACUCGCUUUGCGGGCGUGUUCAUCCCCGGUGGCCAUGCGCCUCUCACCGAUCUGGGCGAUGACCCGGAGUUGGGUCGGAUUCUGCGCUACUUCAACAAGGAGAACAAGCCGACGGCGGUGAUUUGUCAUGGACCCUACGCGUUGUUGAGUACCAAGUAUGCGGGGGAUGGAUCGUUUGUGUACAAGGGGUAUCAGAUUACUUCGUGGAGUGAUUCCGAGGAGAAGAUGAUGGAGACGUUGAUGGGCGCAGAGAUUGAAAAGGUCGAGUCUGCGUUGAGGAAGGAGGGCGCGGAGAUGGUUCAGGGUAUGGCGGAGAAGGUUGGGUCGACGACUUUGCAUCGUGAAUUGGUCAGCGGUGCCAAUCCCAUGGCGGCGAAUGAGUUGGGGGAUCGGUUCUUGCGGAUGAUCAGUGUUUGA